AUGGCCUCUGUGAAGGAGAAGGCGGCAGCUUUGAAUCUCUGUCCUCUCUACAGUCCAGCGAACAAGCCUCCAGGUUUCAGUCUGGCACAAAGACCGUUUGGAGCAACAUAUGUCUGGAGCAGCAUUAUCAAUGCCCUUGAGACCCAAGUGGAAGUGAAAAAGCGACAUCAAAACCUGAAAUGCUAUAAUGACUGCUUCAUUGGCUCCGAUGCUGUAGAUGUUGUGUAUGCCCACCUUCUCCAGAACAAAUACUUUGGUGAGGUGGAUAUUUCUCGAACUAAAGUUGUGAGAGUCUGCCAAGCAUUGAUGGACUACAAGGUGUUUGAAGCAGUUUCUACUAGAUUCUUUGGGAGAGAGAAACGGUCUGUGUUUGAAGAUAGUAGCUGCUCCCUCUACCGGUUUUCAAGUACAGCAAGCCAAGUGAAUAGCCCCUCUGAGAGAGAGUGUAGUAGCCAUUUCGUUCAUCCAAGUUUGAGAGCAGGGGCAGCAAUUGCCUCAGACGCCAGUCUUCCCUACAGCUGGAGCGGCAUCCAUCCAGCCAUCCCUGUGGCUGUGGGCUCAGCCAUCACAGCAAGCAGCAGUCCCUAG